GGCCAUUUGAAAUAUCAUAGUUCCCCUGAGACACCACUGCAGAGACAGGACAGCCCUCAUCCCAUCAUCAUCAUGGUGUUUUUUUUUCCAGGUGGCCAUUUGUACCUUCAUAGUUCCCCUGAGACACCACUUCAGAGACAGGACAGCCCUCACCCCCAUCAUCAUCAUGAUGUUUCUGUUUUUUUUCCAGGUUGCUAUUUGUAACUUCAUAGUUCCCCUGAGAAACCACUGCAGAGACAGGACAGCCCUCACCCCCAUCAUCAUCAUGAUGUUUCUGUUUUUUUUCCAGGUGGCCAUUUGUAACUUCAUAGUUCCCCUGAGACACCACUGCAGAGACAGGACAGCCCUCACCCCCAUCAUCAUCAUGAGUGAGAACAACCCCGAUGUGAAUUUCCUAGCAGCCAUCUCCUACUACCCCCAAGUCUACUACUGCAUAGGUAGACUGGAUGUGUUGAAUGAUCUGAUCCGGGCGGGAGUGACCCAGGCGGAGACUCUGGUCAUUGUGGACAAGGAGAGCAGCAAAUGGGCCGAGGAGUCAUACAUGGCCGACAGUGGCAGUGUCGUCAACGUCUACUUCCUCUCAAGGAUGUUCCCGGAUCUGGAAAUAAUAACAGAGCUCACAUACCCUGCAAAUAUGCGGUUCCUCGGUAUCCACUACAGCCAGAAUGCACCCAAGAAUCUCUCCUUCUCCCAGAAGAAGGCCCUGGAAGCCACUCCUCAAGACCAAGAUCUGUUCAGGCCUGCUUUCGUGUCGGGGUCUGCAAUUAGCACUAGUAUGUUGGACACUUUGUUGUAUCAGAGCUAUGUGAAACCUUACAUCAUAUCAGUGGUCUAUUUGCUCAUUGGACUCAAACAGAAUGCCGGAUCUGGAACACUCAUUUUCCGUGUGGUGGGCGAGAGCGAGGAGGAGUGUAAAGGGGGUGACAUCUGUUCUUCUAAGACAUUCUCGGAGUACUACCAGGAGAUGAUUGAGAAACACUUCGAGAUCCCCAUUGGAAUAUACCGCAGUCUUCCCACAGAUCCCGAGGCCGACGCAAUCGAAGUAGCCGAACUAGAGGAAAAAGAGGCAAAAAGUUGCUUCAACUUUGCAUUUGGCUCCCCCUCCACGUCUCCCCUUUUUACCCUUCUCAAUGCGAGUGCGCGUAGCGAAGUGGAUGUGCUGAAGAUGGAGGAAAAGUAUGACUCAUUGCAGGACCAGCUGAUGUGUGAGGCCCAGAUCAGACAGAUCCUCAAAGACAGAAUGCUCCGACUGGAAGCAGAAGCUACCUCAACCCCCGCCUCCACACAGUGCAACCCACAACAACCCCCCGCAAUUAACAACAACACUAACUCAAACGCCAAAGGAUCCACUGAGAACAACAGCGGUAGUCGGAAGUUCGUCAUUGUGAACCCAGAACCAAACACAAAACUGCGCAAGGAUGACAUUGUCUAUCUGAUCAGACCCGAACUGCUCACUACAGACGACUCUGUCUUCGCCGCCCAAAAGGAGCAAGUGGUCAACUCACAGUCACAAGCAUUCGUCGAUCUGCACAAUUCAACCAAUCGGUACACGUCAAACUAUUCCACCAAUCAGAACUCGCCAAACAGACAACAGCAGCAACAACCAGUCAAUAAUUUCAGAAGAGACGCGCGAGCAGUUUCCAGCUCGGGCUCAAAUGGGCUAACGCCUAUAAGUGAAGACGUCAGCACCAGCAGUACUAAAACAGCCACCACAAAUGUAGACUAUUCAUGACAAAUCAAACUUCAAUCGUUUUAUUGUCGAGUUAGCCGACAGACAAAUCCGCCGACGUGCUAUCAUGCGGACAAUCUAAUCAUGCUUUAGUUGCCACACAAAACCUUUUGUUCUUUUUUGAAUCAGUUUGCUCUAAUUAGCAUUUAUCAU